UUCAGUUCAAGUUCUGUUGUUGCGUCGCAGCGAGCUGCUGCGCCUGAAGCUCGUUGUCGUCACUUUUAUCUUCCGUUUUUUUUCUCACUUUCGUUUUUGCGUGUUUCUGUUUCUGUCUGUUUCUUAUUGUUGUUGCUGUUGCUGUAGUUUUUUUUGGCGUAAAAUUAUGAAUGUUGUUCUGGCGCUGCUUUUGCUGUGCGCGUUCGGCUUGUCGCACGCCUCGAUCAUCAAAUUACCAACAGCUGAUGAUGAGAAGACGCCGUGGGACCUGCUCGGUGCCAUUUAUGGCACCUCUGGCAUGCGCGGCUUCAAUGGCACGUGGAUAACAGACGAGGAAUUCUAUUAUACGGCUAGUGAUCGAUCGAUUCGCAAAUACAAUGCAGCCACAAAGCAAAAUACAGUAUUCUUGGAAUCCACAUUUUUGAAUACAUAUAGUGGUGCUACAUUUACGCUCUCUGCGGAUAAUACCAAAAUAUUGGUACGCUACAAUUUGACUGGGAAGUUCCGUUACUCGAAUGUGGCCCAAUACGAUGUGUAUGACAUCGCAACGAACUCGGCGAUCAAGAUACACAAGGGCGAGAAGCUGCAGUAUUGCGCCUGGUCGCCGCUCAAGGAUCGGCUGGCGUAUGUCUAUCAGAACAAUGUGCACAUCCAUUUCAACGAGAAUCUGGAGGUGGCCAUCACCGAGGAUGGCAAAGAUGGCAUCGUGUAUAACGGUGUGCCCGACUGGGUCUAUGAGGAGGAGGUGUUGAGCAGCGGCAGCGCCCUCUGGUGGUCGCCGGAUGGCACUAAACUGGCCGUUGGCUUCUUCAAUGACACCAAUGUGGAGACCUUCAGAUAUUUCCUCUAUGGCGACACGGAAAAUGAAUACUAUCAGUAUCCACAUGAGGAGCAUCUGAAGUAUCCGAAGAGCGGCACACCUAAUCCGACUGUCUACCUAAGGGUGUUCGAUCUGGCCGACAACGAUCCUAUCAUGCAACGCAUCGUGGCGCCCGUCGACAUUGUUAGCUCCGAUCACAUUCUUCAGAAUGUAGUCUGGUCGGAUAAUAAUCAUUUGCUCAUCACCUGGAUGAAUCGUCGCCAGAAUCUAUCGACGCUGCAGAGCUGCACUCCACAGGGCGUGUGCAAGGAGGUGACAAGGAUUGAGGAACCCGACGGCUGGGUGGCCAUGAGUACGCCCAAAUGCCUGAAGAAUGGCCAGAACUGCAUCUUUGCCUACUUCAUCGACAACUGGUAUCAGGUGUGGAAUCUCAAUUUGGAAACGGGCCUCAAUAGCUGGAAAUCGCGUGGCGAGUUCACAGUUCUCAAUGUCUAUGGCUAUGAUGAGGUCAACGAUAAGCUUUACUAUCAGGCCACACUGCCAGGUGAUCCGGCACAGUAUCAUGUGUUUAGCAACGACGAUUGCCUGAGUUGCAAUAAUGUGGAUGCAGACGGGACCACGUGUCGUUCUGCCACUGCGACAUUUAGCAAGGGAUUCUCCUACUACACACUCAGCUGCACGGGUCCCAAUCCCAGCUAUACUCAGGUCUGGGAAUCGGCCACACAUACUAAGGUUACGGACUGGGAGCUGAAUAGCGCUUAUCGCGCUCAGGUGGCCACUAAACAGAUGCCCACAUAUCGUUUUCUGAAUGUCACCUUGGCAGAUGGAAGCAUCGGCAUUGCCAAGUUGGCGUUGCCACCUAAUUUCGAUGAGAGCAAAAAGUAUCCCAUGAUUGUUAAUGUCUACGGCGGACCCAAUUCGGUGCGAGUGACGAAUGCAUUCACUGUCGGCUACGAUGCCUUUGUAGUCACCACAAGGAAUACCAUUUACGCCAUCGAUGGGCGUGGCACGGGAAAUAAGGGCAAAAAGCUGCUGUUCUCUGUCAACAAUGAUUUGGGCGACCACGAGGUGGAGGAUCAAAUCUUUGUCACCAACUUGCUGCAACAAAAAUUCAAGUUUAUCGAUGCCAAUCGCACGGGCAUUUGGGGCUGGAGUUAUGGUGGCUAUAUGACAGCAAAAACUCUGGAAAAGGAUAAUGCGAAAGUAUUCAAAUGCGGUGUUUCCGUGGCGCCAGUUACCUCGUGGCUUUACUACGAUACGAUAUAUACGGAACGCUAUAUGGGCCUGCCCACCGUGAACGACAAUGAGCUCAAGUACAAUGAGAGCAGCGCCUUCAGCAAUUUGGAUAAUUUCAGAACUCAUGGCUUUUUGCUAAUCCAUGGCUCGGGCGAUGACAAUGUGCAUUAUCAGCACUCGCUGUUGUUGUCCAAACUCUUACAGCGCGCUGAUAUACCCUUUGAGGAGCAGACCUAUACUGAUGAGAACCACAGCAUUGGCAAUGCUUUGCCGCAUUUGUAUAAUACCAUAGAUCAUUUCUGGCUCAACUGUCUGAACAAAACUGCCACUAAAGGAUAGAUUAUAUAUGUAUAUGUAUAUAGAUUGGUACAGUAUCAGAGCGAACUUUUACAUUGGAAGCUAUUUUUAUUAUUAUUAGUGUAUAAUUUAGACUUUUUUAAGAUUUUAGUAAAAGUGGUUAAUUCAUGUAAAUCAGCUAAAUGCCCUUUUGGAAACCAAAUAACUCUAUGGAUAAAUAAUGCAAAGGUUAAUUAUGUUCCAAAGAUAUAUCAAACUGUGUUAUCGUUUCAUAAAGCUGUCAUCGCCUCUAUGUAAAUAUAUAUAUAUAUGAAAAUUUUAA